ACUUGCUACUCUUGGAACUGACUGUCAGGAUGCAUGAAGGAACCAGUUCCGCACUGCAGGGAAAAACCUCCUUUUCCAUCGCAGACAUUCUGGAUUCCUCCAAAUUCAACGGGAAGCAUCAGGACACGCGGAGAGACGUCAGGACGCAGGAAAGCUCAAUAAAUAAAGACACUGUCAAGGGAACUUCUUCUCAGGACAUCCCCAGCAUUUCUGGCACAAAGGGAAAGUCAAAGCGGAUCCGCACCGCGUUCACACUGGAUCAGCUGCGCAUCCUGGAGCGAAGCUUCCAGAACAGCCACUAUCUGUCCGUGUUUGAGCGCCACUGCAUCGCCACAGCCCUCCGUCUGUCUGAAACGCAGGUCAAGAUCUGGUUUCAGAACCGGCGCACCAAAUGGAAGAAGGAACAAGAAGGUCAAGAAGGAGAGGAGCAGAACCAUUGUGCACCUCCUGCCUUUGCGCAGAACUCUUUUCUGUACGCAGGACAUCACACAAAUCCUGUGCAUUAUUACCCAGCACCACAAACACCUUAUCUGAACCCAUCUUACCAUCACCAGACCCUCAUGAUGUUCUGAUCUACUUUAGCAUGAUGCCAUCAGAGAACAUUUUUA